GGAUAUGGCUAGAUUUUAUCCUUAUGGUUAACUAGGAAGGUUUCUCAAGAAAGACAAAGCAUAAUAUAAUUAAUCAUAACAGUGGUACAAUCUGUGCAUUUUCUCUCGAAAAUUCACCGCCGAUGCUUAGAAAUGUCUCAUAAUUAAAUGUAGGGUAUUAUUUGGAAAGGUGCUUUUAAUUUAUAAUAUAGAACUUCCGGCGUUGCUAGGCUCCCCCGGAAUUAGCCGUUUGUUUACACAUUUCGUUGGCUUUCAGGAGCAUCGUAGAAGCAGUCGUGAGGAGAAACUAAAGCAGCACUGUUGGAAAGCCUGACUAUUUACUCCAAAAUGCCAUUGUUUGGCAACAUUUUCAGUCCCAAAAAAACACCACCUCGAAAGUCUGCAUCCCUUUCCAAUCUACAUACACUGGAUCGGUCAACACGGGAGAUUGAAUUAGGUCUGGAAUAUGGAUCUCCGGUGAUGAAUAUUGGUGGCCAGAGCUUGAAAUUUGAAGAUGGCCAGUGGAUUUCAGAGUCAGGAGGUAAUGUAUCAGGAAAAGAGGUACAGCGACUGAAGAAAAGGAAUCUCCAGUUAGAAGAGGAGAAUAAUCUCCUCAGGCUAAAGAUUGAGGUUCUUCUUGAUAUGCUUUCAGAGUCAACAGCAGAAACACAUCUAAUACAGAAGGAACUUGAAGAUGUGAGGAGUAAUUCUCGGAGAAAGAAAUGAUCACAGGAAAUAAAGGGGAUUCAGUCUUUUUUAUGUGUAUAUACAGUAUAGGGAUUUUACAAUGAAAUUGGUGGAACUAUUGCAAGACAAUAUUUAAAUAUCACUUAUUACGCAAUUGAUUUACAAAAAACAACAACAACUUUAUAUCACUUUGUAUAUUUCCUUUUUUUUUUUUUUAUUGCCAAUUAUGUUUAAAAAAAAAAAAGGCUGAUUUUUUUUUUUUUUUCCAGUUUUAAUUAAUAAUUUCAGGUAAUCUAAUUUUGGCAUUUUCUGUUUAUUUUGCCUUAAACUGCAACUGUGUUGCAUGGAAAAAACCUUCAAAACUAUAUAUAUAUAUAAAUAAAUAAAAAAACUGCUGAAUUCAACAAAAUGUUUUCAGAUUACAUAAAAUCAGCUGAAGCUCACUUAUAAUGUGUUUAGAAUACAAUAACUUGUCUUAUAGCCAGUUAGACCAAAUCCUUAUUCCUCUGGCCCCAGUAAGUGCUCUUACAUGACAGUCCCAAAAGUCUUUCUGCAUGUGUAGAUCUGAAUGUGCAUUCAAAUAACAGAAAACAAUUACAUUCUUUCUUUGGUUCAACAGUAAGAUUAGCCAAGAGCUGUAAAGGUUUAAACAUGUACAUGCUGAUUUAAGAGGAUUUUCAUAUGGAGUGUGAGGCACGUAUUACAUGCCUAAGGUUGAAAACUGUAGAUCUGGCAUUUGAAUGAUAAAAAAUCCGACAUUUUGAAUUAUAAUAAUUGUUGUACCAAAUUUAUGGCAAAGUGUUUCUACUAUGUAAUUUGACUUUUCACAAGUGGACCUGUCAAACCAUUUCAUGUGAUAUUUUGCUGUUAAACUCCAGAUUUCCAAAACAAUAAAAGAACACUUGCUAUUGUA